AUGCUGUAUGAGACUUUAAAAGCCUUCUUUCAUUGCUGUGGCACAUGUGUAGUGAAUCCUACAGACCUGUUCUGCUCCGUACCAGGAAGACUUUCUCUUCUCAGCUCUACCUCAAAGUACAAAGUGACCAUCGCUGAAGUCAAACGCCGCCUGUCUCCUCCAGAGUGUCUCAACGCUUCACUACUCGGUGGAAUAUUAAGAAGGGCCAAGUCAAAGAACGGCGGCCGGUGCCUCAGGGAGAAACUGGACAGACUGGGACUCAAUCUCCCAGCAGGCCGCAGGAAAGCAGCCAACGUCACACUCUUGACCUCUUUAGUGGAAGGAGAAGCGUUACACCUGGCUCGAGACUUCGGUUACACCUGUGAGACUGAGUUUCCCACUAAAGCAGUCGGGGAGCAUCUGGCCCGCCAGCACACGGAACCAAAGGAACAGAACGCACGCAAGAAAAUGGUGCUGGCCACCAAGCAGAUCUGUAAGGAGUUUCAGGAUUUGUUAAGUCAGGAUCGAUCUCCGCUCGGUUCCUCUAGACCAACACCUAUUCUGGACUUGGACAUUCAGAGACAUCUAACACACUUCAGUCUGAUCACGCAUGGAUUUGGUACGCCGGCGAUUUGUGCGGCUCUUAGCACCUUUCAAACGAUUCUCAGCGAAAUGCUCAAUUACCUGGAGAAACACUCAGCAAAUAAGAGCACAGGAACGCCGGACACCAAUCAAAUCAACUCCAACUCGGACAAAACACUGCGCAAAACUGAGGCACCAACAAAAGACGGUAAAAUCGAGAAGACGGAAUGACUCUGAAUGACACAGGAGUGGCCGCUGUCCUGACUGAGCCCUGAUGGGCGGGACUUGUUCAGGGUGUGGCUACUAGGGGCGGGGUUACUGGGUUUUUAUUCCAUAUGCAUUUAUUUCUAAAACUGGCAUACCUUCCUAAGACCUCAGCUUUCCCUGUAUGAGAGUCUGUCUGUAUGUACAAACCACUCACCAUUCUCACUGCCCGCAAAAAAUAAAACGCAAACCAUUUCAUUAUUUUCUAAGUUAUUGAAGUUAUUUUGCUUAAAGUUUGUCUGUAAUUAGUUUAAAUAAUGAUUUUAAAAAUGCAAUAUCUUUUAUUAAAUAAAAAAAGACUCACAUUCCAUUUCUGGCGAGGCCUCAUUUGAGGUCAGUUUGAGACUGUAAAAAUAUUACAGGUAACUUUCCCUGUUAAUUACUGUAUAAUGUGCAUGUUAAACUUUGUACACCAUCUGAAAUGGAAAUCCCCCACUGUUGUACCAGAAGACAAAACUCUUUG